UGCAAGUUACAGCACCUGACCUGAGCUCGUCUCGUUGAUCUCAUCUCCUUGCAUGUUUGGUCUAGCAAUGGAGGAACGCGUGACGAAGGCGUCGAUGCGGCCAUUGGCGUGUUGCCUUCUCGUCGUCGUCGCCUUCGUCGUCGCGGCGCCGGGAUGCGCGGCGUUCAACCCGCGGUUGCUGUUCCUGGUGAAGCCCGACCCGAUCGUGCUGAAGGAUCACCACGGGGUGGUGCUCACCGGGAACGUCACGGUCAACGUGCUCUACUACGGCCGGUUCACGCCGGCGCAGCGCGCCGUCGUCGCUGACUUCGUCCGGUCGGCCGCCUCGGCGCCGCCCCCGGACCAGCGCGUCCCGUCCGUGGCGGCGUGGUGGAGCACCACGUCGCUGUACCGGGGCGGCGGCGCGCGGCUGCGGCUCGGGGUGCAGGUCCUGGACGAGCGGAUGUCGCUCGGCCGGUCGCUCUCGCUGGACAACGUCACGGCGCUGGCGAGGGCUGCGGGGCACCACCGCGGCGCCAUCACCGCGGUGCUCACGGCGCCCGACGUCCUCGUGGCGCCCUUCUGCAUGUCCCGCUGCGGCAUCCAUGCGCACGCCGGCGGCGUCGGCGCGCACGGCAAGGCGCGGUACACCUACCUGUGGGCGGGCAACCCGGCGAAGCAGUGCCCCGGCCAGUGCGCGUGGCCGUUCCACCAGCCCGUGCACGGGCCCCAGGCCCCGCCGCUCGUGCCACCCAGCGGCGACGUCGGCGCGGACGGCAUGGUCAUCAGCCUCGCCGCGUUGCUCGCCGGCACGGUGACCAACCCCUACGGCGACGGGUACUACCAGGGCGACGCCGGCGCCGGGCUGGAGGCCGCCACGGCGUGCGCCGGCGUCUUCGGAAGCGGAGCCUUCCCCGGCUACCCCGGGAAGCUACUCAAGGACCCGGUCACCGGCGCCAGCUACAACGCCGUCGGGCUCGGCGGCCGGAAGUUCCUCCUGCCGGCGGUGUGGGAUCCCACGACGUCGCAGUGCAAGACACUUGUGUAGACCUGGCGGGAACGGCGCUCGCGGGAGCUGCAUGCGAUCGAGGAGAAAAAAAAUAAAUGCCUCAUUUAUUUU